ACUGACGGUCUGUUGAACCAGUCUGGAGGUUUGUUGUUACCCGGAGCUAGCGGCUGGACUCUGCCUCAUUGGUCCGUGGUAGCGGGACUGCCCUCCGGGGUCGCCUCGGGGGAAAAUUAGCAUGUCCUUCAGCGUGUCGCCCGUCUCUCUGCCUCUCGCUGGAGUUUGGGUGUUUACAUGAAAAUUGUCUCAAGUCAAAUGAAGGUGAAGAGCUGCUUCUGCUAACGACACUUUCACGAUGCUCAGUGUUUGUUCGCGCAGCUGAGAGGACUUCUGCUUCAAAGUUUGUCCAAACACCACCACAAUGACAGGUGACAUGAUGGUCUGGAGGGGUCUGACCUGGAUGAAACAGGCAGCCAGCAGAGUUCAGCCCAGCAGCCUGAAUGGGAACCAGAGGGUGGUACACUUCCAUCACGCCACAGGACCAGAAAGGGGGACGCUCAGCAAACAGCCAAAAGUCUGCAUCACAGCCGCCCAGUUUCACCGAUAUUCAUCCCUUGGAGCUUGUUUCAGUACAUGUUUCAUUGGCAGUGUCAGUGGAGGUCAGAGCACGUGCAGUGGAGGAGCCAGCACAAAACGUCCAAAGUACCAGAGGAGCUGGUCGAGCCAGCUGUUCUGUGGACACACAAGAUUAUUUAACCAGGACAACUCCACAGUGGGACGGCUCACUACAGAGGACAUCAAUAAAGAGGGAAACACCAAAAAAACAGCCAUCAAGCAACAUAAACAAGUGCUCAGUGAAAGAGCCAGAGAGAGGAAGGUCCCUGUCACAAGGUUAGGAAGACUGGUGAAUUUUGGAGGACUGGCGGUUGGGCUUGGCUUGGGGGCGAUCGCUGAAGUGGCCAAGAAGAGUUUAAAACCUCAACAACAAGGUGAUAAAAAGUCGAUACUUAACUCCAGUGCCUUCCUCUCUGAAGCCAACGCUGAAAGAAUCGUCCGGACGCUUUGCAAAGUCCGAGGCGCUGCUCUGAAACUCGGACAGAUGCUCAGUAUUCAAGAUGACGCCUUCAUUAACCCUCAGUUGGCCAAAAUCUUUGAGCGAGUUCGACAGAGUGCGGACUUCAUGCCUCCUAAACAGAUGAUGAAAGCCAUCAGCAGUGACCUCGGUCCAAACUGGAGGGAAAAGCUUGAGUACUUCGAGGAGAAGCCAUUUGCAGCAGCGUCCAUCGGUCAAGUGCAUCUGGCCAGACUUAAGGAUGGCAGAGAGGUGGCCAUGAAGAUCCAGUACCCUGGAGUUGCCAAGAGCAUCGACAGUGACGUGAAUAAUAUCAUGACUGCUCUGAGUUUGAGCAACGCGCUGCCUGAAGGUUUGUUUCCAGAACACCUUAUUGAGGUCAUGAGUCGUGAGCUGGCGCUGGAGUGUGAUUACAUAAGAGAGGCAAAGUGUGCCAAAAAAUUCCAAGAUCUGCUGAAGGAUCACCCAUAUUUCUACGUGCCCGAUGUGAUUGAUGAGUUGAGCAGCCAGCACGUCCUCACCACAACGCUGGUGCCUGGUUUCCCUCUGGACCAGGCCACCGACCUCUCUCAGGAACUCAGGAAUGAGAUUUGUGAGCAGAUCCUGAUCUUGUGUCUGAGAGAGCUUUUUGAGUUCAGAUACAUGCAGACUGAUCCAAACUGGUCCAACUUCUUCUUUGAUCCACAGUCUCACAAGGUGGCACUGCUGGACUUUGGAGCUACACGAGGAUUUGACAAGAGCUUUACAGAUGCAUACAUCGAGAUUAUUAAUGCAGCAGCCAAUCAGGACAGAGACGGUGUUCUGCAGAAAUCCAGAGAAAUGAAGUUCCUCACUGGAUUUGAGUCAAAGGCGAUGGAGAACGCCCACGUGGAUGCGGUGAUGAUCCUAGGGGAGGCCUUCUCCUCCUCUGAGCCCUUUGACUUUGGCUCUCAGAGUACCACGGAGCGAAUCCACAGCCUCAUCCCUGUGAUGCUGCGGGAGCGACUCACGCCUCCUCCUGAGGAGACGUACUCUCUCCACCGCAAGAUGGGAGGCUCUUUUCUCAUCUGCUCCAAACUCAAAGCUAAAAUCGCCUGUAAGAAAAUGUUCCUGGAGGCGCACACAAACUACUGGAAGGGCGGACGACCAGAGACGGCACAGUGAGGCUGAAGAGCUGCAUAAAGGGAGUUAAAAACAGAAUUACUGUCCUUGUUUGUUGUAUUUGAACAAUUUAACUCACACAUUCUUACUUGGAAGGAUACCGAUGAGCAAGCUGGGCUGUGUGUUAGGAACAUUUACAUUUCUGUGUGCUUUUUAUUCCAUCACUCAUUGUGAAGAGGACUAAAACGAACAAAUAAUGUGUGAAGAUAACUUGAAACCUAUGUUUGAAUGAAUUGUUGAUGAUUGUGCAGUCUAAUAAUUAUGUCCCUUUAUGUUUGGAAGAGCUGUAUUUCAUCUGACCAGGACAGUCAGCUGAAAUAAAAUGAAUGAUGCAAGAACAUUAGUAAUUUUGUGA